AUGGACUAUGCCAUUGAACCGUUCAUGUUGGCUGUGUUUGUCGAUGACGAGAGCAUGAGUGUUUGGAGUGAGGAGUCGGGCAAGAUCAAGGCCCUCUCGGCAGGAGAACGCAAGCGAACCUCCCAGAACAUCAAUCUCCUCAUAAAGGGCAUGUACACACAGCAACACAGCCCGGUUGUCGAGGCAGUAUCACCAUAUGGAAUUCACAAGUUUGUUGAGUGUGAGCAGGCGAUGGCCACUUUGGAGCCGCCUGGAAAGCAGCAGUUUUGGGUACAGCUGAAAGACAAAGGCCCCCGUUGCUUGAAACUACAGCCGGAUCGUGACGAACCCAGCUUGCAGUUGUCAAUCGAUGCAGCGGAGUGGCAGAGUGCGCAAGGAGGUGUCUUUGCAGUUCUGUGUGAUGAAGAUGAUGGGAGUUACUGUCGGCAAGGAUUGAGCGAUCAAGAUGAAGUCUUCACGGUGAAAACGAAUGGGCGCCAAGUGAUUCUUAGCAACCAUGCAGGUCUUCCAGGUCGAUUGAAGGAUAUGGCGGAGAAUGGGUUGAAGUUUGACCUUGAGGACACCAACGAUCUUCCACAGAAUCCAGAGGCACACCUUGAGGACACCAACGAUCUUCAACAGAAUCCAGAGGCGCACUCUCACAACGAGAGCUUCAUGUUCGACGAUUAUGAGAAUAUCCCUGAGGACACCGACGAUCUUCGACAGAAUCCAGAGGCGCACCGGUCAUUUAUUUUUGAUGUGUGUCAGGAGCACGACUGGUCCCUUAAAACAGAUGUGUGUCAGGAGCACGACUGGUCCCAAGGACAGUGUUCAGGAAGCAAGUCCUUUCUCACGCUUGGUCAAGUCAAUGUUUUGGAGUUCAGAGCAGAACGUCUGUUGCGGGAGCGAGACUUCUCCUUCAUGUCCAUGGAAAAGCUAUGCGAGACCCUUCAGUUCAGACAGGCAUCUUCCAGGCAGAGUGUGGAGAAUGGUUUGUAUCUCUCCCUUGGCCUCUAUGCCCACGGCAACAGUCAUGGAGUCACUAACUUGGCCAAGAAGCUUCCCAAAUUUACCGAGUACGUCAAUCGGGUGUUGAAGUACCAAUGCAAGUGUGCUGGGAUCUCAAGGCCUACUUGGACGUCGGUCGCAAUUGGGUUAAAUGCUGGCAGUCUUCCACACAAAGACAACCACAACAAACGUCUUUCGAAGAACUACAUCUUCUCUGUGGGAAGACACCAAGGCGGAGGACUGUGGACGCAGACUUCCUCUACUACCACCAACAAGUCGACAUGGAGAACGAUGCCAAACGGAUCUACAAUGGCUGGUGAGGUUCACGAUACCCACUACAAGGCUACCGAGUUUGAUCCUCGGGCAUGGCAUGCUUCGAUGCCCUGGACAGGCACUCGGUUUGUGAUCAGUGCCUUCACCUCCCGAGCAGUCGACAUGGUUGGUAACCGGGACUUGAAGCUUCUCAGGAGGAUGAGCUUCAUUCUGCCCCAGGAUGCCUUCGUCUACAUGUUUGACGGUGCAGUGCAGUUUGGAGUUGGACAAUUCUCCCAGGUGUAUGUGGAGGAGGAUGAGCAGCGGUUUGAGCCGGUGACGGAAGACCAGCAGGAUGCCGAGGACUCUCGAGAUGCAAAUGUGGAUGAUGAUUUGGAUCCAACAGCUGAAGAGAAGAGGCUGAUCAAGAAGCUUCAUGAGAACCUUGGCCAUCCCCGACCUUUGGACAUGGCCAGAUCGUUGCGCUUGGCACAUGCAAAGCCCCACCUCGUAAGGUACGUGGCUAAACGGUUUAGUUGUGCUACAUGCGAAGCAAAGCCACGACCAAAGCCGGCUAGACCGGCGAUUCUUCCCAAAUCCUACGAGCCGGGCAAGGUUGUGGGAGUGGAUGUGGUCUUUCUUCAAGGGCUGGACCCCAGACAGAGCUUUCCGGCUCUUUCAAUGGUGGAUUGGGGCACCAAUUACCAAAUGGUAGAGCGACUUCGGAGCACGGAGUCGGACCACACCUGGAGGACUUUCAUGAGGACUUGGGCAUUGGUGUUCCGGACAUCAUUGUUGCAGAUUUGGGUUCCGAGUUCAGAGGACAGUUCUCAGAACUUGCUGGACAAGCAGGUGCUUUGA